CAACUAUUGCGGAAUCGCCAUUUCCCCUCCCUUCAUCAUCAACAAUCGAAAAGAGUCGAUUCUUUUUGUCUCUACAAUUUAAUUGAUUCCUUAAAAGGGUCCAGAUCGACCUGUCGCAAAGAAACAUAGACAACGCCACAUUCUGUUGAGUUCAAGACAAACCCACCCUCACCUCAAGGCUCCAAGUACUUCCCCAUUCAGUCACAGCCACAAGGGAGAAUGGGAGACUAAUUAAGCACCCAAUAACUAGAUCUCAUACCCGUUCGGGAGGAUUCGUGCUCUUGGCGAUACGGGAGGCGAUCAUCAUGGCAAUCGCGGCAAUCGGCCAGAUCUGCUCAACGGCGUCGAUCAAGGGUAAUCUGGAACAGUGUGUCAAGUUGGUGGCGAGUGCGGCGCGGGGUCAAGCAAAAGUACUCUUCCUCCCUGAGGCUUCAGACUAUAUCGCCCCAGAUGGACAGACAUCACUGCAACUUGCAGAGCCACAGUCGACGUCCCCCUUCGUAAAGGGUCUCCAGGAGGCAGCUCGUGAGCACAACGUCGCUAUCCAUGUGGGUAUUCACCAUCGUGAAGAGGGACAAGACCAAUCAAAGAGGAUUCUCAACCGCGCGUUGUAUAUCACUGCCAACGGAGACAUCAACGAUACGACAACAUAUGAUAAGCUCCAUGUGUUUGACUAUGGUGGUCUAAAGGAGAGUGCAACAGUGCAGCCUGGAACAAGCCUUACAGCACCGUUUGACUCCCCCAUAGGCCGUAUCGGAAGCCUCAUCUGCUUUGACUUGCGAUUCCCUGAGGCAGGAUUAGCACUCGCACAGCCAGGACCUCACAGCGCAUGGAAGAACAAGCCAGCGCAGAUCAUCACAUACCCAAGUGCAUUCACCCUUCGAACAGGUGCAGCACAUUGGGAGACUCUUCUCCGAGCCAGGGCCAUUGAGACACAGAGCUAUGUCAUUGCAGCAGCACAAGUUGGAAGACAUAACGAGAAGCGAGCUAGUUGGGGACAGAGUAUUGUUGCUGAUCCAUGGGGGAAUGUAGUCCUGAAGUUGAAGGGCGUGAAAGAGGGAGAGCCUCAGGGGACUGCUGAGGAUGGCGCGGAGGGUGGAAUUGGGUUUGUUGAUAUCGACCUUGCGUAUUUGGAGAAGGUUAGGAGGGAGAUGCCUCUUCAGAGGCGAAUUGAUGUUUAUCCUGAGCUGUAACCAAGACAGGUAGACUAUAUUAGAUUUAUAACAGCAUAGAGAACGUAAUCGAUACAGAGCCAUAACCAGUCAGUAGGUGAAAAUGCGAAGCCUCUCUGCGGCCAUUUGCCCAAGUGCCGGGCUAUUGGAAAGUGUUCUCUACAAAAUGAUACGGAUACAGACCUACUACUAUCGUCUGACGCUAAAGAGCCGCAAUCAAGAUACGACUUAGCCCACGAGGCAUUAUUAUGCUAAGUGAUGUUUCAUAUGCCCAAAUUUUC